CAAAUUGUAAAAAUUUUUUUUUUAAAUAAUUCGAGCAAAUUUCAAAAUUUAUUCCCACUUAAUGUAACAAAGUGAACAAGUUGAACUUAGGUUAGAUUCGCUUUCAUUUUAAACUCAGCAAUUAGUUCAGUCGUGGAAAGAAUUAAUUCACAAAGUAGCAUCAUAUGUUCAAUUGUCAUAAUAAAUCUGCAGCCUUUCCCAAUCUUUUUGCAUCAUAAGAAGUAUAUAACGAUUGAUGUCGUUGUAAUGAUGUCUCGAAGAAUACAAACUAGACAAAAUUGUUCUUUAUUUCACCAUGACUUCAUUAUUGAAACUUAUGUUAAUAUUCAACGACUGAUGAAAAAAUAAAAGUAAAGGUGAAAAAGGUUCCUGAGUGAUUGACGUAUUUAAUAUCCUUAUUUAUGGUGACCCAUGAAGAGCCUUGCAUUAUCCCACGUCAUUGCGCCGCGCAAUAGUAGCAUUGUUCUUCAACCGAAGCUAAACUGAGUAUACAUACGCAAGCCUCAUUACGUGACACUGGUCCACCUGCAACUUGAACACAAGCCCCGCUAUGUUUUCACUCGUCAGUCUGAGUUGGUCGUCGACAGUCUGCUGGUCUCGUCUAACAUCUUAUUACUCGUUUUGACAAGUUUAUUUUACUUAUCUACUGACUUGAAUCACUGUAACUGGAUCUACCACCUGCAAAAAUAAAUAGAGACUGAAUUAACAUAAUAAACAAGGUGUUAGAAUUUCUUAUUUUAUAAGAAUUUAAAAUAUUAAUAUUUUUAAUUUAUUUAACAACUUGAUUGAGGUGUUGACUUUUCUUAAUUAACGAAAAAUGAUCAUGAUAUGAUUGUAAUUAUCAGGAAAAAAAUUUUGGAGUAAAUUUAAAUCGGCAAGUAAUGCAAAAAAGGUGAGAAGUGCGGUAAAUAAUUCAUUUCGAGUUGAAAAUUUGGAAGAAAGUAGUGACGUCAUGUGGAAUAGAAAAGUUUUUAUUAGAAUCGUCGAAGUGCUCCUGUGCAUUGCAUGCGUGGUAGCACUUCGUGUGACUGAUGAUGAGAGUAGGAGAGUCUUCAAUUACUUAAGAUAUCGUAGUAGAGAGUGGUCUCUAUUGAAUAAUGUAACCUGGGGAACUAUAGGUGCAGCACUGGCAACUGCGACGUGUGGUGGUUACGUGAUAAUCACUGCAGGUCUUCUGAUUGCAGCAGCGACUGGCGAAUUACGAGGUCGAAAGACGGAAAUUUUCCUCCUUGGACUUGGCGUAAUUCUAUUUGCAAUAGUUGGUGGCCUGUCUUUAGCAUCAAUUGAAAAUGUUCCAAGUGAUCUUGUGGACAAUGCAGCAGUGUUGGGGGCUCUUUGUUUGAUCACUGUUCUUGUCUUUAUUGCUGACUUGUUGAUGACCACACCUGAACAGAAGCAAAAACCAGAAAGCGCACAAAUUUUAAUUGACAGAAAUACAGUGAAACCAAUGACGACCCUGACAAUAGAAAAGGAGCCGAAGGUAUCAAAAAGCAAUGGAAAUAAUAAAGACAAAGAUAAGCCUAACGGGAAUCCUGAUGAAAUUACUGUUAAACAUGAUCACAAAUCAAAGGAGAAAUCAUCAGACUCAAGAGAUCAUGGAGACAAGCAUGCAACAGCUCAAUACCCUCCCAAUACUGAUCUUGGAACCUUAGCAGAACCUAUCAGGGACUACGACGAUGAAGACAUCAAAUUUAUCGAUGCUGAAAGACAAACACAAAGUCAUUCUAAUGGUAGAUAUCACUCCGGGGGCUCCAGCAAGUUCAGAGAUGCAGAAACAAUGACAAGAGAUAGAUACAUGCAUGAGAGAGAUGAUGGAAGGGCUUACUAUCAAGGCCAUGAAAUGAUUAUGCGUCCUUUGGACGAGGCCGAUACGCCUCGAUUCCCUACAUCUCGAGAUUCUAUGACUGAAUCUAUGUUUUCUAAGAUUGUUAAUCCAAGUGUAAAGAUUAUGAGGGUCGAUCAUGACAACGACAAUUUUGAUAAUAAUGGAAGGUAUUCCGACUCAAGUCAAUAUGACAAUGUCCCAACACGAUUAGCCCCAGGAAUCUUAAAACGUGGACGAGAUGCUUACCAUGCACAUACAGGUCGAAGUUACAGAAUACCUGAUAGAACAAAGGAUGAAAUAGAAAUGCUAGAAGAAUGGGUUGGAGUUUUACGAAAGUCGACGACAGGAACUCAGACUCCUUCAGCACUGCCAUCAUCACCUACAGAUCCUGGCUACGUGAAACACACUGCCAAUAAUUGGCCUCGAGAUUUCAAGUACAAGACUCCAGGAUCAAGUCCAAAUCGCGAGGAUAAUCGUUGAACAAUAUAAAAUAUAAAAACAAAAGAAAAUUCUUUUUUGUUCAUUUAAUUAAUUAAUAUACAUAUAUAACGUUUUUUUAAUACAAA